AAGGGAAUCUAUUUAGUAUUCAAUGUACCACUCAGACCCAGGUCUCUCACGGUUUUCAAUUUUGGGGGCGUCCAUGAAGUGUACUUCCAGCUCUCUCAGGUAAGACAGCAUUUGGUAAAAUAACUAGCCUUUUUCGGGAAAUUCCAUGGCAAUUUUACAAGAACAAAACACUUUGAAUGUAAAAUGGAGCUUUUGUUAUUAACUAAAGGCAAUUAGUCAUGUCAACUGUGGCGUCUCUGUAGGAUUGGAUUAGGAUUUCUAAUUAGAUUAGGAUUUCUAAUUAGCUCUUCGGCGAUAGUGCUAGGCUAGUUAAACCAUUCUUUGCGGCUUUUUUAUCAUCGAGUGAGCCUUGAAGUCACCAAUAAACUGAGUUAAAAAUUUAUUUUCAGCUGAACAUGGAUUGGGGGAAAUGCAUAAUCUGCCAGAAAACUAAACACGAGAGUCUUCAAUGUCCUGCGAAUUCAACCCGAAAAGACCCAGGCAUAGGGUACAGCACUUUCAUCAAGGCUGUGAAGGAAUUCAAGGAAAUUGGGAUAACUGUAACUCAAUUUCUUGAUGAAACUAAACAUGACAUCGAAAAUGUUUGAAAACAAAGUUUCUUGGCACAAGUCCUGCAGAGACAAUUAUAAUAGUAAUGAAUUAGAGCGUGCAAAGAAAAAAACAAUCUGACGUAGAAGAAGAAGAAAAAGGGUGUGACGCAGAUGGUAGUGAAACGGCCCAGUCUAGUCCUAUAAAACCCAGGCGUAGUCUUACUCCUUUUGAUCCCAAAAUCUUGCAGUGCUUCCUUUGCGAGAAAAAUGAUUUCGCAAGCAACCUACGUCUUGCUUCUACCCUGGAAUUGGACAAGCAAGUCAGAGAUUGUACCAUUCUUUUGAAUGACAGUAAACUCAUCACUAAACUUUCAACUGGCGACCUCAUAGCAAUCGAAGCAAAGUAUCAUGCAGCUUGUUUAGUUAAACUGGGCCAUUAA